GACGUCAGUCCUCGCGUGAGAUGAUCAGGAUUAGAAACAGGUCAUUUGGUAUAUAACAGUCCAAAUAUUCUGUCAGAAUCACAGUUUUGUGGAAGCUUCUUUCGCUUGUACAACAACGUGCCCAAAAAAUGAAAUUGUUUGUAUUCGCUGUUCUGGUUGCCGCGGCGUCUGCUGCCCGACUCGAACAUCUCGAGCGCGCCUACCUUCCUCCUGACAACAACGCUCAAAAUGGAAACGGUUUUGGGUCGGGAAACAAUAGGUUCGGUGUUAGUGGACACAGUUCCAAUGGCUUUAAAUCGAAUGGUGGAGAUGACGUGUUUGGAUCCAACAAUCAAGACUCAUUUGGAGUUAACGCAAACGGUCACAGUGCAUCUCUUGCAUCAAAUCGAUUCGGUGCUUCACAGGGAUCUAAUUCAAAUGGAUUAAGCAGGAAUGCAGCUUUUGAGGGUGCUACUUCCAACCAAUAUCUACCUCCUGUUGAAGGACCAUCUGGAUCUGAAGCUCAACCCAACAACUUCGAGAAUCUCGGAUCAUCCAUUUCACCUGCCUGCAUAUCUUGUGGAGCCUACAAACAGUACAACCAGGGUGUUCAAAGUCAAUUGCCCAGUUCUAACUACGGCGUACCUCAAUUGGGAUCUCGCAGCGGUUCUCCAUCUGUAGAAUCCAGCGGUAUUGAAUCUCAACCUGGAUCGCAAGGAUUCGGUUCUCAAGUUCAAUUUGGAGCUGCCAAUCGUCAAUAUUUAGCCCCUAAGUACUCUUCUCAGAACCCACCUCAACAACCGUUCGAUGAGAAAACUGGUUACAUUCUGAAAAUGAAAUUGUUUGUAUUCGCAGUUCUGGUUGCCGCGGCAUCUGCUGGUCGCCUCGAACAUCUCGAGCGCUCUUAUCUUCCUCCGGACAGCCAUGCUCAUAGCAGAAAUGGAUUUGACUCAGGGAAUGGUCGUUUUGGUGUAAACGGACAAAGCCCCAAUAUAUUUGGAUCUGAUGGACAAGAUUCAGUUGUUAUCGAUUCAAACGGCGGUGCAUCCUUUCGGUCAAACGGAUUUGGUGCUAGCCUGGGGUCAGGCUCAAAUGGAUUAAACAGAAAUGUAGCAUUUGGAAGUGCUACCUCUAACCAAUAUUUACCUCCUAACCAUGGCCCAUCCGCAUCCUCAAACAACGGUGGGCAUCAGUUUGGUUCCCACGGUGGGUCCCCAUCUCUGGGUUCCAACGGUUUUGGAUCUCUAUCCGGAUCGCGAUCAUUCGGUUCUCAGCCUCAAUUUGGUGCUGCCAGCCGUCAAUACUUAGCUCCUAAGCACUCAUCAUCUCAACAGACUCCUCAACAGCCUUUUGAUGUGAACUCUGGAUAUAUUUACUGAAAACACAAUUUUUAUGGAAUCAAACAAAUCUCAUGUGUUUUGAAAAAUUAUAAUAUAAACCUUUGUAUGAAUUCAAUGAAAUAUAAAAAAUAAAUUUGUGCUAAAUA